GAGCGGGCCGAUAGCGACAAGUAAAUAAAAUAACCCCGUCUUAGCACUAAGUUGAUUGGUCGGUUGCUUAACUCUUAGGAGACUCUCGAAGAUAUAUCGUUAGCAGCUAAGCACUACCUUCCUUAUACACGCUAAAUUAUACUUUCUGAUUAGGUCUAGCUAGAAUUCUAUCGUUUCUUUUUAGAUCUAACUAGAUUUCUAUCGCCCGCGGUCCUUCAGGACAUUAGACAUAUAAAAGAAGCAAACCAGCUCUACCUUCGAUGUGUAUCACUAUUAUCUCCCUCAAUAUAUUUACGCGCAAUUGUCGAAUACCAACUUCAAGCUUUCCGCACAGCUGUUUUAAGAUGGAGAAUACUGGAAGAUGGGUAGCGAAAGCCAAAGUUUUGACAGCUGCGCUCCAGUCCCUCUAUCCAGCCCGAGUACAUGUCGAGACAGCAACAUCCGUCUUUAUCGGCAUAUCCGUCAUUGCAACGGUCAUCCAGACCUACGCUCUGUCACUUCAGCGGGGUGAGCAUCGGCAAGCUGCAAUAUGCGACGCCGAUCAUCUCUCUGCCAUCCAAGCGGCCGUGAUGCAGUACAUUGGACUCUAUCUAGGGCUGGUAGCAGCGAAGAAACGCGGCCUGCGAUUCAUGGCAAACCAACCCGUUUUGGUCUGGUCCGGGGUUACUCUGUUAUUCCCCUUUAUCGCUCUCGUCAUAUACCCAAGCUAUAACUAUCUGACUCCGUUCUUUCUGUUCUUUGGUGGUCUCGGUGCCAACUUGGUGUCCGUUCAUUUGCUGCAAAUGAAGCCGGAGAGGAGGCUGGCUUGAUGUUUCUAUGGUUGGUUCUGCCGCAGGGCUUAUC